AUCUCUGUUUUUAUCACAACUUGCACAUGUUUUUGUUUACAUUCAUUCCAAAAAUAUACCAAAGGUUUUAUUAAAAUAUAAUAUCUGUUUUAAAAAUGACUUCCACCGAUGAAAAUGUUGAUGCCUUGCCUAAUAUAUUAAUAACAGGAACUCCUGGUGUGGGCAAAUCAUACAUUUGCCAACGAAUUUCAGAGCAAUUAAAACUCAACUGGAUAGACUGUUCAAAAGUGGCAAAAGAAAAAGAAUUUAUUGAAGAAUAUGAUGAGGAGUAUGAUUGUCCCAUUUUGGAUGAAGAAAAACUCAUGGAUUAUAUGGAACCACUCAUGCAAAAAGGUGGUAAUGUGAUAGAGUAUCAUGGUUGUGACUUCUUUCCUGAAAGAUGGUUUCAGGCAGUAUUUGUUGUAACCUGUCCAAAUAACACCGUUUUAUAUGAUCGCCUUAAAGAACGUGACUACAAUGAAAAGAAAUUGAAAUCAAAUUUGGAAUGUGAAAUAUUUGGUACCAUUUUGGAGGAGGCUAAGGAUUCGUACAAACCCGACAUUGUAUUCGAAUUAAAAGGCGAAACAAAACAGGAUGCUGAACAAAGUUUAAAGGCGAUUAAAAGUUGGUUUAAGGCAUGGAAACGAAAAUAGAAUGUAAACAUCUUAAUAAUCUCACCUGUAAAGCAAGAAUUAAUGAGCUAGUUUCAUAAGAUCAUUCAACACUGGUACUCGCACUUUCCUUUGUAACACAAUUCGACAAUUAAAAUAUAGAAAUAAAAAUUCUAUAGCGAAUACAUUUAACUAAAAAAUAUAAUUACUAUUUUAGCUGUAAGUAAAAUGUAUUAAUAGAAAAUACUAUUAAAAUGAAUUGUUGCAUCUGUAAUUAAAAGUUUUUUAUAUAAAUAUAAGUAAAUAUCUUGAAACUUUGUUAAAAAAAA